UUGGACAGUAGAGUACUAGGCGAACCCGUAGUCAGUCGCUGCUGUCAUUUAGUUUGGAUGCUGUAAGAUUCAACUUCAGAAUGAGGAACAAAUCGUUCACUAUUUGGCUCUUAUUCUUAGUGCACGGUGUGUUUGGUGCUGGUGAAGUGUCAGUGUCAUUGAUGGUGGGAGAUAAUGUCACUCUACUCACUGAUGAUAGUGAAACACAGGGAGCUGAGAAAUUGAUGUGGAGAAUUCAAGGUGAAAACACAUUCAUAGCAAUUAUCGAUAGAGAAACAUCUGAAACCACUGUGCCUGGGAAUGAUGAAGAAAGAUUCGGUGGCAGAUUAGGUGUGAACAGUACGACUGGAUCUCUGACCAUCACAAACCUCAAAACCACAGACUCUAGAGUUUAUGAACUACAGAUCAAGACCGGCAGAGAGACCAAAUCCAAGAUAUUCAAUGUUGAUGUCCGCGUGACAGGUGGUGGGAAGACAAAAUCAGUCAAGGAGGGAGAAAUUAUUACUCUACACACUGGUGUUUAUGAUAUAGUGGAAUACAACCAUGUAUUGUGGAAGACUGAAGAUGGUAUUGUGGCUGAAAUCAAUAAAAAUACCAACAAAAUCUUCAUAAAUGAGAGAUAUAACGGCAGAGUGCAGCUAUAUGAAAAAUCUGGAUCUCUCAACAUCAGUAACUCCAAAACCAAAGAUUCUGGAGUUUAUCUUCUAAACAUGAGCAGUGACACCCAUACUUUACAGAGGAACAUCAAUGUUACUGUCAGUGGCGCUGCAGAUGAGAUCGUGUCAGCGAUGGAGGGAGAGUCGUUCACUCUCCGAACUGGUUUUACUGAAAGACAGGGCGAUCAAGAGAUCAAGUGGAGGUUUGGAUCGAGCAGGACUUUGUUAACCAGCAUAAAGUCAGGAAACAUCAUUCCAUUCAGUCACACGGUAUUCAGAGACAGACUGCAGCUCGACAGACAGACUGGAGAUCUCACCAUCACAAACAUCAAUAAUGAACACACUGGAGUUUAUGAACUAAAUGUUGGAAGUAAUGACUUAAAAUUCAUUGUCACUGUUUAUGCUCCUGUGCCUGUUCCUGUCAUCACCAGAUACUCUCCUCAGUGUUCAUCAUCAUCAUCAUCAUCAUCAUCAUCAGAGUUGAAAAGUGUGCUGUUGUGUUCAGUGGUGAAUGUGAGUCACGUGACUCUCUCCUGGUACAAAGGAAACAGUUUAUUGUCCAGCAUCAGUGAGUCUGAUUUCAAGAUCAGUCUCUCUCUUCCUCUGGAGGUGGAAUAUCAGGAUAUAAACAGCUACAGCUGUGUGAUUAACAAUCCUGUAAGCACCCAGACCACACAUCUGGACAUCGAUCAACUCUGUGAGACAUGUUCAGACUGUGACUACUACUGGAGUCAAACGGCUGAAGCUAUGAUCCGAUUGGUCGUCUCUGCUGUGGUGGGAGUGGCUGCUGUUGCUGCUGUUGUUGUACUAGUUUAUGACAUCAGAUCCAGAAGAGCUGGACUAGAGUGGAAAUUCACUAAACAGUAAUGUACCUUGUAUUAUAAAACAAGAAUAAACAAUAUGUUUAUUUCGGUCACUUCCAUUGGUUAUUUUACAUUAUAUAUCAGUCUAUUCCAUGAUCUCCAGUCUGGUUUAGAAAAUGAAAUCCUGAUCUUGACCAACUCCUAUGAUCAGUUUGAUUGAUUGUUUUACAUUUUUGAUUGAUUGUUUUUAAUGUUUAAUGUUUGAAAAUAAGAUUUUAGUUUUUUUUCUGUCCUGUUUUUUUUAAGCUUGUAUGG